CAGGUUUGACGCAAUUUAACUGUCUUUAGAUAAGCCAAAAAUAAAACUACUACUAUCGGUUCAUUGAUAUGUGCUCUCAGUAAAAUAGUGAAUGAAAGGAGGCGCAACUGAGGAAGUGGAGCAAAGAAGGGGGAAGGCAGGCUAAUCAAAAUGGCGGUUAGCAAUCGUGGUCGGAACAUACAGGCGAUGAAUAUAACAUCGCUGUUUAGCCGCCUACACGGUGCAUUUUCUGAAGCUAUGGCUACCCCGAAAUUCAUGAUUGAUCGUAGAACUAUUGAAAAAACUUGGAAACUAAUGGACAAAGUGGUAAAGUUGUGUCAACACCCGAAAAUGAACUUAAAAAACAGUCCUCCAUUCAUUUUGGAUAUACUUCCGGACACGUAUCAGCAUCUUCGCACGAUAUAUCAUAAACAUGAAGACAAAAUGCAUGUUUUGAAUGAAACGGAAUAUUUUCGAAUUUUCAUAGAUAAUCUGAACCGAAAGUGUAAACAAGCAAUUAAACUUUUUAAAGAAGGCAAAGAGAAAAUGUUUGACGAGUCGUCGCAUUAUCGACGGAAUCUUACCAAACUUAGUUUAGUUUUUAGUCAUAUGUUAUCAGAACUGAAAGCUAUUUAUCCCAGUGGUGUCUUUGCGGGAGAUAGCUUCAGAAUUACAAAAAGUGAUGCUGCUGAAUUUUGGAGAAAUUCUUUCGGAGAAAGUACUAUUGUUCCAUGGCGGGUCUUCAGACAAACAUUACAUCAAGUCCAUGCUAUUAGUUCUGGUUUAGAAGCCAUGGCAUUAAAGUCAACAAUAGAUUUAACUUGUAAUGAUUACAUAUCUAAUUUUGAAUUUGAUGUUUUUACUAGGCUCUUUCAACCUUGGUCUACUCUAUUAAGAAAUUGGAAUAUUUUAGCUGUGACACAUCCUGGUUAUGUAGCUUUCCUCACAUAUGACGAAGUAAAAGCUAGGUUACAAAAUUAUAUAAAUAAACCUGGAAGUUAUGUUUUUCGGCUCAGUUGUACGAGACUAGGCCAGUGGGCUAUAGGUUAUGUUACUAGUGAAGGAAACAUUUUACAGACAAUUCCUCAAAACAAAUCAUUGUGCCAAGCUCUUUUAGAUGGAUAUAGAGAAGGCUUUUAUUUGUAUCCUGAUGGGAGAAAUGUGAAUCCUGAUUUAAGUUGGGCUGUUCAGGCUACUCCAGAAGACCACAUCAAAGUCACUCAAGAACAAUAUGAACUUUACUGUGAAAUGGGUUCUACUUUUCAAUUAUGCAAAAUUUGUGCAGAAAAUGACAAAGAUAUCAGGAUUGAGCCUUGUGGUCAUCUUUUGUGCACACCUUGCUUAACUUCUUGGCAGGAUUCUGAAGGUCAGGGUUGUCCUUUCUGCCGUGCAGAAAUUAAAGGGACAGAACAAGUGAUAGUUGAUCCAUUUGAUCCUACAGGAAGAACGUUUAAACGUAGUGAUGGACAUCCUUCUCAUCUAGUUAAUUUGGUCGAUUUUGAUGAAGACGAAAAUUUUGAGGAUCCAAAUACAUGGACUUCAUGCCUUCAAGCCCUUGCAUUGUCUCCCCGUGCAGAUGUAUCUGAUGGUAGUAGAUCUAAUAGUCGUUCGCCUAUGGUGUCCCCAAAAGCAUCCCCACAAUCCUCUAGAAGACCGCCAAAUGCAGCACCUCCACCUGUUCCUCCAAGACAUGCUUCACCUACAGGUACACCAGGACAGUCACCUGGUUCUUCACCAAGGCAUUCUUGUGGAACUAAGGAAGAUUCUGGGAGUGGUUCAUCAUUUAUCUCUGUAUAUGUAUCCCCAUCUGGGUCACCUGAUGGAUCAGGUGUUAGUAUUUCCUAUUCUGAAAUAGCUCAUGGGAAAACGACAAGUAGCAGCUGUGGUACAUGGCCCAGGCCUUCUUCUGGAGGGACAGCUCCUGCCACUUUGUCUCCUCCAACCUCAUCUGUUGAACCUUCUCCUACAACCCCAGUCAGCCCAUCUGUACAUUAUGCAGAACUUGCUCAGAUACGUGAAGAAGUUCUAGAACCUAGUUAUGCUAAUACAGAAAUAACUUUAAAUAAUGCUGGAUCUCAAAACCCACGAGCAUCAGUUGAAGUUGGUUUACCAUCUUCUUCAUCCCCGCAACAAGUCCCUGUCCAUAUUUCUAAAGUAGAAAAAAGGCUUAUUAGAAUUGGAAAACCAUUAGAUGCAUUAGAAAAUAAAGAAAAUAAUCGAGUUAGUUAUGAAAAUUUACAUAUGGAUCACAUAGCUGCACUAAUUGCUGAAGGUUAUGCACAGAAUGAAGUCAUCCGAGCACUUGGCAUUGCAAGGAAUGACCUUCAGAUGGCAAGGGACAUAUUACAUGAAUUUGUCACAAAAAGAAAGUGAGAGCUUUCAACGAAUUGAAUAGGUGUUAAUUUUGAAACUCUAGUCAGGACUAAUCAAGUAAAACACCCAUUGAAAGCAAAGCAAAGUAAAUGGAAAAAGUUUACUGUGAAUUUAGGAUUAAAAAAUUUUAAUACUUAAAAUAUUGCUCAAAAGUGUUGAGGAGAAUAAUGGGGUUCAGGACAAAUAUGAGCAGUGCAUCUAUUAAAUAACUACUGAAAAUUUUACACAUUUUAAAAAUUCGCUCAGUAUAGAAUGAGGGAUUAUAUAUGCCACUUAUAUAUAUUCUGGUCAGGUACAAAAUGACUUCUCUGUGGCUCACUGCUGAACUGAACCAGGAGAUGCAAUUGGCUGGCCAGUUGCAAUAAAAUGUACCUGAUAAUGUUGCAUGCAGUGAGUUGGGACUUUUGGGGAACAGACUCCCUCUGUAUGCUCUCUAAUCAAUCAACACAUAUGCAGAAUCAAACUAUACAUUUCUUAAAUCCAUUUGUAUUUAAUAUUAUUUAUAAAAUUUGUCUUCUGGACUGAAAAGUCUGCCAUAUUGCUUAGGAUAUGUUUUUGGAGUGAGUGAUGUGUUAGUCAAAUGAAAUCAAGAGUCCUAUUAAGUCUUGUGAUUGCCUAUUUGGUGAUGACAAACAAUAAAAAAAAUGGUAUUGUAGAAUAUUUUUGUAUGCUGACAAAUUUUCAGACCCUGGUAAUGUUUUUUGUGAAUUACAAGAAGGACCUUAGGAAAUAUUUAAAAUUUACUAUGUUUCUCUGGCAGUUUUAUUACUGCGUUAAAAGCUAUGCAAUGACAUAUUUGUUUUUGAUUCCUUUUGUAUUUUUUUAAAGUGCCACAAUUUAUAACUUGUCAUGCACUGAGGGAUAAAAUCGGAUUUUCUUUUUAUAUCUGUGAUGUUUUGUGGAGAAUGAUGUAUAUGCACAGCAAGAAAUUGCAAAACAUAGCAAACGAUGCAAUAUUGUGAAUAAUUAUGCUGGUAAUGUCUAUUUGACCAUAGAAUUAUUAAAUUGUUUAAUAUGGGUGUAUUAUCAUUGUGUUUGUGUGCUGUAAUGUUAAAUGUUGUAAAGAAAUUAUUUUCUUAAAGAUAAAAAAUAACUAACAGUUUUAUAAUUUAAAUCUUGUUUUGUAUAUUGCUUUCUUUUGUCAAAGGUUUUAUGAAUGUAUCUAUCUGUUGCAGUGUGUGUAUUAUUUAUUAUAUUAUUACUUGUCAGCAAUCAAAAAUUUAAGGCUUUUGCAGCUUUAAUAUUUUUAAUCCUUUACUAUAAAAUAACUAUCAUAAUUUUAAAGCAGAGCUUUACUUUCAAAUGUAUGUUGUAGAAACACUUUUUGUGAUAUAUUUAGGUUCUGCUUUAAUGCUUUUUAUGUGUUACUUUUUGUAUGAAAUGCUUCUUCAAAACAAUAUUUGUUAUUCAGAAUUUAUUAACAGUGGAAAUAUUUUUAUAUCCAUUAUGUAUUUAUAAAUCAUUUCACAAUUCGGGAAGGCCAUAAGAGUAUAAGAAAUAUUCUUUAAAUUUUAAUUUUAAUUCGAUUUUAGUUUUC